GAAAGUAUUUUCUUGAAGUGGGCACAAUGAAAACAACCAUAACAUCAUGAUGAUGAUCAAAUUCUUUUGAUUUUUUUCUCAUAAUUCUUGAUUCUCACCUACUACUACCCACCAAUUCAACUUGCUGCACUAACCAAACCUCUCCCACAUUUUCACUGUAAGUCACUCUUUCUCUCCCAUUCACACACACCUUUUCCCAUAGUCUAAAAUGAGUUAUACAAAAAAGCUUCAUUGCUUUGCAGUAAUAGGGAUUUGAUUGAUUUCUUGAAAUGGAUUCUUUCAACCAAGAAACCGGGUUUCGGUAUAAUCCGAAUUCGCACGAUGCUGACGGGGAAUCCGAGGAGUCGGGAAUUCUUGAAAUAUAUGUUCAUCAUGCUAGGAAUAUUCAUAACAUAUGUAUCUAUGAAAAUCAAGAUGUGUAUGCAAAAUUUUCUCUUACAUAUAAUCCGGAUGAAACCCACUCCACUAGAAUUAUCAAUGGAGGUGGAAAAAAUCCAGAUUUCAAUGAAAAAUUAGUGAUCAAAAUUACCCAACUUGAUGCACUUCUCAAAUGUGAGAUUUGGAUGCUUAGUAGAGCUAGAAAUUACAUGGAAGAUCAGCUUUUAGGGUUUGCUUUAGUUCCAAUUUCACAAAUUAUUGGUAAAGGAAAAAUCACUCAAGAUUAUAGUCUUUCUUCUACUGAUCUAUUUCACUCUCCAGCUGGAAUUAUCCAAUUAUCUCUUUCUUUAGAUCAAUCUUUGCCUCUCAAUUCUUCAACAUCAAUACCUAAUUCUUCGAUUUCGGCUGAAGUUGUGUUUCUUGAUAGAAAAGUAUCACAAGUCGUUCUCGAUCCUGUCGAGUAUUCACGGAUCGAAUUUCCCGAUAUCAAUGUUGUUCGAGAGAAUCAUCAAAUGGUAUCGGAGUAUUUCGACGGUUUGGAUUCAAAACCGGGAUCAUUUCUUCAUCUUGGUGUUGUUGAUUACGAAAUGACAUUAAAUUCUUAUGAAGAGAAUCGAGACGGAUUAACUUCUCAUGUUGGUAGUAGUAUGCAAAACUCGGGUUUCUUGAGCUCUACGACUACUAGCUUAAGCGAAGAUCGAAAUUCCUUGGAUUCCAUCGAUAAAAAGACUACUCUUCUAGGCACUCAUUCAUCAAACUCGCUUGAUAUUUCGGUCUCCACCGAGGCUAAUCAUGGGUCGAGCACUUCUCCCGACACUCCUACCUCCAAGAAAGGAAUCCAAGUACGAGAUGAAAAGGAUUCGGAUUUUUCGAGCAGAGAAGAUGAGAGCAACAAAGAAGAAAAAUUAAAUAAGGGCAAAUUUGGUCAAGUUUUCUCAUCCCCGUUAAUAAAUAUCAAUGUUGAAGCUGAGCAAUCAGCAAUGCAGCAACAAAUAGUAGACAUGUACAUGAGAAGCAUGCAGCAAUUUACUGAAUCUUUAGCUAAGAUGAAACUUCCUAUGAAUCUUGACAAGCCUGAUCAAACCGAAGAUCACGGCGAUUUAAUUCAAAAUCACAACAAUAGUUUAGAAAUUGAGAAGAAGAAAAAAGAUGGAUCAAGGGUGUUCUAUGGUAGCAGGGCAUUUUUCUAAUAACAAUUUAAUUAUGUAUAAUAAUUUUAAUAUCAAAUAGCUUCGUUAUUGCUGGAUUUGGAGUUUAAUUGGUGAAACUUUUAUGAGUUUCUCACUCUCGGCUGAUUCAUUCAGUUGUAAUUCAUCACUUAAAUUUUUUAGUUUUAUGUUUAAAUCUUGUUUAACA